GAUCAUUACAAACGCCAAAGUUAUAAGCGAGUUAUUGGCGUAUUAUUAGGUAAGAUUGAGAAGUCACAAAUCAUUGUUACCAAUUCUUUGGCUGUUCCGUUUGAGGAGUCAGAAAACCAAUUUUUCCUUGAUACAUCUGGGCCCCAAAUGUACAAAACAGAUUUAAAAAUUACAAAAACAAUUGGAUUAUUCUGUGACACUCCAAUUUUGGCGAUAAUUAAUGUACAUUUGGAAUCUGAUGAUAUUCCAGUACAAGCAUUUAAACUGGGUGUUGAUGAAUCUCUGAAUCAUCUUAAUGUAGUUAUCGGAGCUGAUGAAAAUGAAGAGGUUGGAGUAGAACAUUUACUAAGAAAUAUCAAAUCUGGAACCGGAACUACAUUAAUGGAUAAACUGAAUAAUAUCAAAAAUUCACUUAUUAAAUAUUCUUCAAGUUUAGGGAAUAUUAUUAGGUAUCUCAUGGAAAUAGAGGAUGGAAGAGAAUCGAAUCAGGAAAUUUUGAAAGUAUUGCAGAAGAUUAUUAAUGGGAUUCCCAAGUUGGGUGAGGAUGUAGAAAUGCAAGAAAUUUAUGGUGUGGAAUUGAUUAACACAGUUAAAUGUUCUGAGAUAGCCAUAUUGUUGGUAUUAAUAAUUGAGAUAUUUCACCUGAUGAACAAUAAAGUCUACAAUCCCAUCAAAAAAAGAUAUGACACAAUAUUUUUAGACUCUGAUCAGCUUAUAUUAUCAUUCCAAAACUUUACAAAGAAUAAUUCUAGG